AUGAAAUCGCUGAAAAAUGCACUGCAUUACGAGAAACCACUUCAUUAUUCGAGGGAAAGUGAAGAAGUACAAGCGCUUGAAGGCAAAUCUACUGUGAAAGAAGCAGCUCUGAGCACGGUGAAAGCUGACUGCUCGUCAAUCCUCGAAGAGUUUGGAAUCUCAUGGCCAGAGCCAUUGGACUGCUCCCGCUUCCCGCAAGAGCCUGACUUGUGCAUGAAUCCGGAUGAGGACAGACACAGCUACGAGAAG